CUGUGGUUUUUAAUAAGGUGUGGAGGGAAGCACUUGAGGUCUGUGUGUUGUCAGUCUCACUGUGGCCCUUCAGCUCUCUCUAAAUGAGCUGUGCUGAUGCUCUUCGGUCCUUAACGAAUCCACCCCGCCUUUCCUCAUCCCUGAGGCCUUUCCCUCCCCGGUGCUGGGAUGGUCACUCCCACUGUCCCUUCUCUUGCAGUGGAGCAUGAAAUGCUGCAGGUGUGACUCGAGGCUGCCCCACAGCUACAGCGGGCACCGCGUGGAGAACGUGCUGUCCUCGGCCGGCCGCGCGCGCUGGUGGCAGUCCCAGAACGGUGUCGAGCGCGUGUCCCUGCAGCUGGACCUGGAGCAGAUGUUCCAGCUGGACGGCGUCGUGCUGCACUUCAGGUCGCCGCCCGCAGCGAUGCUCUUGGAGCGCUCGGUGGAUGCCGGCAGGACGUGGCAGGUGCUGCAGUACCUGGCCUCCGACUGCGCCGCCGCCUUCCCCCACGUGCCCCGCGGCUCCCCCGAGGGCUGGCAGGACCCCCGGUGCCAGGAGCUGCGGGGGCACCCCCUGCAUGGGGGCACGAUGAAAUUCAGUGUUCGAGACCUGGGGUCUACCAUCAGCUCCUCUUACAGCCAAGCCAUCGAGAAGCUGGGGCCCUUCACCAACCUGCGCAUCAACUUCACGGCGCUGCCCCACAUCCCACGCCAGGGGUACCACUCGCCCAGCACCUUCUACGCCGUGACAGAGAUGCAGGUGCUGGGGAGCUGCUUCUGCCACGGCCACGCCGAGCGCUGCACCCCUGCGGGGGACCAGCACAGCACGGUCCCCGGGCACUGCGUGUGCCAGCACAACACGGCCGGGCCGCACUGCGAGCGCUGCGCUGCCCUGUUCAACGCCCGGCCCUGGGCACCCGCCGAGGACAGCGACCCCCGCGCGUGCCAGCGAUGCGACUGCAAUGGUCACUCGUCCUCGUGCCACUUUGACCCCGAGCUGUACCAGGCCAGCGGCGGGGCCAGCGGGGGGGUGUGUGACAGCUGCCAGCACAACACCGAGGGCAGCAACUGCGAGCGCUGCAAAACCAACUAUUUCCGCAACCCGCGGCGGGAGCUGAGCCACCCCGAGGCCUGUCUGCCCUGUGAGUGUGACCCGGAUGGCACCGUGCCCGGCUCCGUCUGUGACCCGGGGACAGGGCGCUGUGUUUGCAAGGACAACGUGCAGGGCGAGCGCUGCCACCUCUGCAAGCCGGGCUUUGCCCAGCUGGCCGCUGCCAACCCCGCUGGGUGCCGCAGAUGCACCUGCAAUGCCCUGGGCACGCGGCAGGACACGGCGCCCUGUGACAGCGACACCGGGAGCUGCUUCUGCCUGCCCAACGUGGUGGGCAGCGACUGCGGGCAGUGCGCGGCCGGGCACUGGGGGCUGGCUGGAGGGCAGGGCUGCCGGCCCUGCGCCUGCCACCCCCGUGGUUCCCACAGCCCCAACUGCAACCAGUUCACAGGACAGUGCCCAUGCAGGGAUGGCUUCACAGGACAGACGUGCUCGGCCGUGGGGCAGCAGCAGUGCCCACCCCGGCACUACAGGGAUUCACAGGGAGGGUGCACAGAGUGCGACUGUGACUUCCAGGGCACGGAGGAGCUGGGCUGUGACGCGGCCACAGGCCGGUGCCUGUGCCGGGCCGGGGUCAGUGGGCCACGCUGUGCCCAGUGCCAGCGGGGCCACUGCAGCCCCUUCCCCGGCUGCCAGCUGUGCCACCCCUGCUUCCACACCCACAGCGGGGACAUCCAGCGCCUGCGCCAGCGCCAGGCCGGCCUGGCCAAUGCCACGGCGCGGCUGCCCGCGGGCACGGGGGGCUCCCGGCUCGGCCCCCGCCUCUCACAGGCGCAGGAGAGCCUGCAGCGGGCACAGGGCAUCCUCAGCCAGCCCUCGGGGACCCCGCAGGGCCUGGCAGAGGCGAGCAGCAUGCUCGCUGCCAUCAGGGAGCAGGUCCGAGGCAUAAAUCCCGACCUUCAUUUCCUGGAUGACACUGCCUCUCUAUCGAGGGAGCUGGAGGCCCUCAACAGCAGCUUGUUUGUCACCAGCUCCCAGUACCAGAGCAAGAAGAGCCAGUUUGAAACCAGCCGCAGCAGAGACGUGUCAGGAGCCUUCCAGACCAUCCGCUCUGCCCACCAGAGCUCCAGCAGCGCCGCCAGCCUGGCCGCGGGUGCCCCGGGGCUGCUGGCCCAGGCCAGGGAGAGCCGCCGCAGCGCCGUGGGGCUGCAGGGGGACCUGGCUGGGGACACAGCCAAGCUGCUGGCCCUGAAGGGAGAGCUGGCCUCAGCCCCCGACCUCACCCCUGUCAUCAACCAGGUGUGCGGAGGGGCCCGAACGGAGCCGUGCACCCCUGCCCGCUGCCAGGGGCUGCUGUGCCCUCGGGACAACAGCUCUGGCUGUGGGGCUGGCCAGCCCUGCCACGGCCUCCUCCCGCUGGCCAGCGGGGCCCUGGCUGCGGCCGGGCGAGCGGCCAGGGAGUUCAGCAGCCUCAGUGCCCGGCUCCAGGACACGGCACAGCUGAUUAAGACGACAGAGCUGUCAGCGAGUCAGAUCCAGAGCAGCACCCGGCGGCUGGUGGAGCAGCUGGGGGUGACCAGGACGCAGAUCCAGGGGGACGUGCAGCGUGUGCGGCAGCUCCUGCAGCGAGUGCGGAGCUUCCUGGCAGACAAGGACACGGAUCCUGCCGCUAUCCAGGAAAUCAGUGAGUCAGUUCUCUCCCUGCGGCUCCCCACGGACGCUGCUGCUGUCCGGAGGAGAAUGACCGAGAUCCAAAAGCUGGCGGUGGAGCUGCAGUGCCCGGAGGACAUCCUUGCCCAGACGGCCGAGGACAUCGCCAGGGCCAAGAGGCUGCAGCAGGAGGCAGAACAGGCCAGGAACCGGGCAAACGCCAUGGAGGGCAGCGUGGAGGAGGUGCUGGGCAACCUGCAACGAGCCAACACCGUGCUGCUGGAGGCCCAGGGGGCCCUCAGGGGCUCGGGCUCCUCGUUGCGCUUCAUCCAGGAGCGCGUGGAGGAGAUCGAGGCUGUCCUGGGGCCGGCAGAGAAGCACUUGGGGGCCGUGGGGCUGGGGCUGGCGGGGCUGGCAGGACGGCUGGCCCAGCUGCAGCACAGCNCACGGCAGGCCGGCAGCGUCCAGCAGCCCUCUGGAUCUCACCUGCAGUGUUUGUUUGUUUUUGGCCAGGCUUUUGCGCAGGUGAAGGAGCUGUACUCGGAGCUGCAGGGCAGGAUGGAGCAGGGCCUGGCGCUGGGGGAGCAGGGCAGCAGGGUGCAGAGCAUCGGCCGGGAGGCACAGGCUCUCUUCCAGGAGACCAUGGGCAUCAUGCUCAGGAUGCAAACUUUAGAGUCGGAAAUUCGGGAAGGCAACGAGGCUCUGGUGUCCAGGAUGUCGCGGCUGUCGGGGCUGGAGGAGAAGGUGGGAAGGAUCCGGGACAACAUCAAGAAAAAAGUCGCCUUCUACGAGAGCUGCUCCUGAGCAGCCCCUGUGCUCCAGGGCAUCGCUGCCUCCUCUGCACACACCGACUGCUGCUUUCAUUCCCAUUUCCCAGCUGCUGUGCUCCUCUGCCCAAUAUCCCUAUUUUUAGCAAGUUAAUUUUCCAUACCUCUGGAAAACAGCUUCCCUGAACUACAGGAGCAACCCCAUGGGGUGGGUUGGACUGGCCAAAGCUGCCCAGUGGUUGGAGGAAAAAGGGGAGAGACAUCAGGCUCCCAUGGCAAAUAAACACAUCCCCAGGUUGUUAUUUCCACAGGGCUUUAUAAACCAGGAAAUUAUUUUUUUCUUCUUCUAGCCAAUUCAAUCUUUAAGCUGGAUUUCACUGUUCAAAUUAAAGCCCUCCUGUGGGGUCUUCUAAAGCUU